UUCUACCCUCACCUUGGCCAGUCCGUGGGAGGUGAAGGGGAAGGCACCCCCUUGGUCCUUCCUCCCUUCACUUCCUGGCCAGACCAAGUACGGAGCUCGGGGCCCUCCUGGGAAGUCCGACUGUUCGUGUAGCUUGCGUGCAGCUGCUGGGAGGCCUGAAAACCUGGCCUUCUUGCCUAGCUUGGAGCAGAAGCCUGACAUUACAAAGGAAGGGUUGAACAUGGUUUAGAAACUAGACCUAGUGACUGAGAGUCCCACACAAAAUAGCAGGGAACUGUGCUCAGAAAGCCUAUUAGGAUUACCACUCCACCACCACCACCUCCUGGGACAUCAAUGCAAAAUCGAAAUGGGCUCUGCCCAAAGGAAGAGUAGAGUUUGCUGAGAUGGAGGAAAAGAAGCAUUCCAAGCCAGAUGAACAGGGAAAAUAAAGAUGUGGGACCAGGAAAGAGCUCAAGACAGGGAACAAGGGCCAGAAGCAGGCAUCUGUGGGUUGGAGCUAAACAAAGAGGAUGGCACGAAGCCCCAAGGACAGGGCGCCCUCUCCUGAUCAAAGGCGGGAACAGCUCUGGCCCACAGUUUCCGGGGUGGACCUCACUGGAUCUCAAUACCUGUGAUGGUUCGCAGUGGAGAGGCACCACUUCCUACAGGAUGUUCUCUGCAGCCUUCCAGCCCUUGGACCCUGAUGGGACUGUCUUCCGGCUUCGCUUCACGGCCAUGCUCUGGUGGGUCAUCACUUUCCCUGUGUUCGGCUUCUUCUUCUGCAUCAUCUGGUCCCUGGUGUUCCACUUUGAGUACACGGUGGCUACUGACUGUGGGGUGCCCAAUUACCUGCCUUCGGUGAGCUCAGCCAUCGGUGGGGAGGUGCCCCAGCGCUAUGUGUGGCGCUUCUGCAUCGGCCUGCACUCUGCACCCCGCUUCUUGGUGGCCUUCGCCUACUGGAACCACUACCUCAGCUGCACCUCCUCGUGUCCUAGCUACCGACUGCUUUGCUGCCUCAACUUCAGCCUCAACGUCAUCGAGAACCUCGCACUGCUAGUGCUCACCUAUGUCUCCUCUUCCGAGGACUUCACUGUCCACGAAAAUGCUUUCAUUGUAUUCAUUGCCACAUCCCUCAGUCACAUGCUCCUCACCUGCAUUAUCUGGCGGCUGACCAAGAAGCACACAGUAAGUCAGGAGGAUCACAAGUCCUACAGCUGGAAACAGCGGCUCUUCAUCAUCAACUUCGUCUCCUUCUUCUCGGCGCUGUUUGUCUACUUUCGGCACAACAUGUAUUGUGAGACUGGAGUGUACACCAUCUUUGCCAUCCUGGAGUACACUGUUGUCCUAACCAACAUGGCAUUCCACAUGACAGCCUGGUGGGACUUCGGGAACAAGGAGCUUCUCAUUACCUCCCAGCCUGAGGAAAAGCGAUUCUAAACCCUCUUCUCCUGCUUGGGCGGGGGUCGGGGGCACUGCCCAGAAACUAGAAAUGAAAUACCACUCUGGCCUUUCCCACCUCCUGUGUCCUCUCUGGGCCCUACUGAAGCUGGGAAAGGGGAGAAGGAAGAGGCAUAGGACAUGGAUUUACCCAGCCCUACAGCACCUCCUUCUUCCCAACCCAUGUGAAGGCACAGGAACCUCUAAGUAGCACCACCCUUACCCAAGAGGCCCCAAGAAACUGAGCUGGCAGGAGAGCUCCACCAUCUGGUGCUAAAAAAAGUCCUGAGGUUCAUAACCACCAUCCGGUUCUUGGCCUUAACAUAGCUGCCUCUCUUUGAGGUCAGGGACCACUGAGCAGUGGCUGCCACCUGAAAACCACAGUCAUUCUCUUCACGUGGCUGUUCACUUGAUCAAUAUGUCUAAUAACCUACUCUGCACAUCCAGGCUCACGGCCACAGUUCCCUGCUAAGGUUGCCCAGAUGGUCUAGUCCUGACUUCAUUUCUGAUGAUGCGGGGUGGGCAGGUGUGAUUUCCAAGGGCUCUGCCAGUGUGUGCUUCUGGCACCACCUUGUGGAGGUGGUGGUCUGCACCUGAAAGCUGAGCUGCUCCAGAGAACACACUGGCACAGCACACACUUCUCUUUCCUUAUGGAAAUCUGACUGACAGACUGACUCUUCCUUGGCAAAAGUGUAGGGUGGAGUCAGAGGCACAGAUUCCUAUCCCCCAAGUAGUGCCCCCUCACCAACCUCUGUACUAUCCCAGGCCCUGAACUCUUUUGAUUGUACAUUCUAUUUUAAAGGAAAAUAAUAAAAAAAAAAAUUUUUGG